AUGGACAGAGCGGUGGUCAGAGUCCGUUUAUCGACCCCACUGAGGAUUGAAGGCAAAGAAAGCCCCAUCGUCAUGGAGCCUAAGCCAGCUCAGACAGACAAGACUUCGGUGACCGAAGAGGCAGCACAAGAGAUGUCCGAGAUAUACGUCGACCCUGUCAAGGAGAAGAAGAUUCUCCGUAGGCUUGAUUUACGUCUCGCACCGAUCUUCAUGUCCCUCUACUUCCUCUCAUACCUCAACCGAAGCAACAUCGGCAAUGCCGCUAUUGCGGGUAUGAAAACCCAGUUAAAUCUCUCGGCUGGCGAGUACAGUACAUCAGUCAGUGUUUUCUAUGCAACCUACGUGGGGCUCAUCUUUCCGCUGGUUCUGGCGCUGCGAAAGCUAAAGACACAUCGUGCCAUGACCGUCAUGUCUUUUGCAUGGGCCAUUGUCACUAUCGGGACUGCCUUCGCUCGAUCUUAUGGUGGCCUUGUGGCAUGUCGACUGAUGCUGGGUGUCUGCGAAGCCGGGUUUUUCCCUUGCAUUAGUCUAUACAUGACUAUGGUCUACAAUCGCCGGGAGCAAGGUCUUCGAUUUGCCUACCUCUUCAGUGCUAUGGCUCUUUCGGGGAUGUUUGGUGGUCUCAUUGCUACCGGUAUUACCUACAUCGGACACGUUGGCGACCUGCAGGCUUGGUCCUGGCUCUACAUCAUCGAAGGUCUCAUCUCACUGCUGGUGGUACCAUGGGUUUGGUUUGGCCUUCCGGAAAAUCCCGUCAAGGCAAAGUGGUGGAGUGCGGAUGAACUUGAGACCAUUGAGAAGCGAGAACUGAAGCGUCAGGAGUACAUGGGUCGGGAGGCAUUCGACUGGGCACAAGUCCGCUCCGCCUUGUCAGAUUGGCGUGUGUACACUGGUGCCCUGAUUCAAUUCUUUCAGGAUAUCGUUCUGUAUGGGUUCAGCACUUUCCUUCCGUCCAUUCUCAAGAACGGCCUGCACUUUGAUUCCCUACAAGCUCAGUAUCUGAGCGUGCCAGUCUAUCUAUUGGGUGGUAUUAGCUUCUUUACGGCGGCCCUGGCGGGCGAUCGCUUUGGUCUCCGUGGUUCUAUCUUAUUUUUCCAGGAUAUCUGCGCCGUUAUCGGUUAUGUCCUCAUUAUUAAGGUUGAAAGCAACGCUGUCAAGUACUUUGCUUGCUACCUUAUUGCCAUCCCUCUAUACUGCGGCGCCGGUCUCAACGAAAUGUGGAUUGUCAACAACACUGCGCCACACUACCGCCGUGCUACAGCCCUAGGAAUCUCCCAGGCAGUGGGUAAUAUUGCUGGCGUGGUAUCAGGCCAAAUUUACCGCACGUCGCCCUACAUGCUGGGUCAUUGGUGCUCUCUUGGCGCUACUUUGUGCUCCAUGACCUUAAUUGCGGUGCAAUUCUUCUACUUCCGCUCGAAAAAUCACAAGAAGGAUCAAAUAAUUCGAGGCGAGAUCCCGGAUGAUAGGAAGAAUAAAACUGGAGAAGACAACCUCGAGUUUAGAUACGUCUACUAG